UCAAAUAGCUACAAUUAUUACAAACUCUUCUACACAUCUUAUUUCUUUCUUUAGUACCUUUUAAGUUCAAGAAUUAUACUAUAGUUUGAAAGUCAUAGAAAAUAAAAAUGUCAGGCUUUUAUGAAGUUUGUGGUGAGGAACUUUUUCAUGUUCAUCCUGAUCCUGUUAUCUUGGAACUCAAUAAUUUGCAGAACCAACUCAAAGAGAAGGAUCGAGAACUUGGAGCAGCGGUAAGUGAAAUUAAGGCUCUGAAAGCAUCUGAAGUCCUCAAAGACAAGGCUCUUGAAGAGCUCGGAAAUGAAUUUCAAAGAUUGGAAGGAAAGCUGAAAAUUGGUGAAGAUGUAGUUGAACAAAAGAAUCUUGAUAUCAAACGACUUGUUAACGAGAAGAAAGAAGCACUGGCUGCACAGCAUGCUGCUGAAGCAACUCUUAGAAGAGUAUACGCAGAUCAGAAAGACGAUGAUGCUCCUCCUCUCGAGUCCAUUAUUGCUCCACUCGAGGCAGAGAUUAAGAUGUACAAGAAUGAGAUUGCAGCAUUACAGGAGGAUACAAGGUCAUUGGAAAGACACACGAGGUCUAAAGAAGCCGCGUUGCUUGAAGCAGAACGAAUUCUAAAAAGUGCUUUAGAAAGAGCAUUGAUAGUAGAAGAGAUUCAAAAUCAGAACUUUGAACUAAGAAGACAGAUUGAAAUCUUCCAGGAGGAAAACAAAAUACUUGAUAAGACGAACCGUCAAAAGAUUCUUGAGGUGGAAAAGCUUAGUCAAACGAUUAUAGAGCUUGAGGAGGCCAUUCUUGCUGGAGGAGCAGCAGCUAAUACACUUCGUGACUACAAACGAAGAAUAUCUGAAUUACAAGAGGAAAAGAGGACAUUGGAAAGGGAACUAUCAAGAGUUAAGGUUUCAGCUAACCGAGUAGCAACUGUCGUGGCAAAUGAGUGGAAAGAUGAAAAUGACAAAGUUAUGCCUGUAAAACAAUGGCUAGAAGAAAGAAGGCUGUUGCAGGCGGAGAUGCAACGAUUGAGAGACAAAUUAAGCAUAUCAGAGCGAACAGCGAAGGCAGAAGCACAACUCAAGGAUAAGCUAAAACUAAGGCUCAAAACACUCGAAGAAGGUCUGAAGCAAGCGUUCAAUCCUAAUGGAUCGACAAAACCUCAAAAGACUAAACACUAUCUUGGAAAUAGCUUGGUAAAAAAGAGUUUAUGGACUUCUCAAAAUAAGAUCAUUGGCAGUACUGUUGGAAAGGAAAACGCAGAAACGAAGGAGAAUUCCAUUAUGGAUAUAAACAGCAAAGAAACCAUAGACGCGCAUAAGAUAAAGAAUGGAGGAGGUGAUCAGGAUGAAAUUAAGACUAAUGGAUGCAGCCAGAGCGUAAACGAUGAUAUAGUAUCUGGUUUUUUGUAUGACAAGCUACAGAAAGAAGUUAUCUGUUUGAGGAAAUUUUGUGAGACAAAAGAGUCUGCUUUGAAUACUAAAGAUGAAGAAAUUAAGAUACUAACAAAGAAGAUCGAGACAUUGUCAAAAGCUAUAGAAGUUGAAGCAAGAAAACGAAAAGUGAAGCAACAAGGAUCAUGAGAAUAUCUUGAAGAUUCACGUAAAAAAAGGGCAGCUCGGUGCACUAAGCUCCUGCUAUGCGUGGGGCACUAUGAAUCUUGAAGAUACAUGUAAUGGAACAAAAAAGUGAAGCUACUCCCUUGGUUUUCAUCAGUCUGAUUCUUACAUUUCUUGUAUAUAUAUACAAAGAAUGAAUAGUGAUUGAUCAAAGGAAUAAGAUUCAAUUGAUUUGUUAUGUGUAAAGUGAGUGAUUAGCUCUGUCACAGCUGAACUGUAACAAUUUUUUUGUUUUUGCUUCUUAUUUGUAUAGUAAGAAUAAUUGGAAGUUUGAACUC